AUGUCCUCGACGAACGACGAGGACCCGUUCCUCCAGGUCCAGCAAGAUGUCCUCAACCAGCUCCAGUCCGCCCGCUCCCUGUUCACGUCAUACCUGCGCAUCCGCUCGCUCACCACCUCCGCGACGUCUCCAGAACUGGCCUCGGCGCGCGCCGACCUCGAGUCCUCGCUCGCCUCCCUCGCCGAAGACCUCGCCGACCUCGUCGCCUCCGUCCAAGCGGUCGAGUCCAACCCGUCCCAGUAUGGCCUCUCCGCCGCCGAGAUCGCGCGGCGCAAGCGCCUCGUGCAGGAGGUCGGCGGCGAGGUGUCCGACAUGCGCGAGGAGCUAGCCAAGGUGUCGUCCUCUUCCGCUUCCGCCGCCGCCGGGCGCGGAGGGAAAGGAGCGGUGGGCAGCGGCGGCGGUGCCAACGACCUCCCGGACCCGUCGACCUUCGCCAUCCCCGACGGCAGCGGCGGCGGCGGCGGUGACGAUGACGCGGUCGGCGACUACGCGGCCGAGUUCGAGCGCGAGCAGCAGGUCAUGAUGAUGCGCGAGCAGGACGAGCACCUGGACGGGGUGUUCCAGACGGUGGGGAACCUGCGGCGGCAGGCGGACGACAUGGGCCGCGAGCUGGAGGAGCAGGUCGAGAUGCUCGAGGUGGUGGACGACUUGGCGGACCGCGUCGGCGGCCGCCUGCAGACGGGCAUGGAGAAGCUCAGGUAUGUCAUGAGGCGGAACGAGGACCGGCUGAGUAGCUGCUGCAUCGGGGUUCUGAUCGUCGUGUUGAUUGUAUUGUUGAUAUUGCUAUUGGUGUUAUGA